AUGCUGCAGAGUCAUGUCAGCCAAGACAGCCCCAUAACAUCCAGGGACUUGAGGUACUCAGGGCAGAUCUCAUCCACCCCUGGUGCCUUGCCACCAAGAAGCUUCUUAACUACCUCAGUGACUUUAGCUUGGGUGAUGGACGAGUCCACCUUCUUCAGCCUCUGCUUCCUCAAUGGAUGGCAUGUCGGUGGGGUUGAGGAGAUCCUCGAAGUAUUCCUUCCACUGUCCAACGAUAUCCCCAGUCUUUCUCCAUGGCCUCACCCAACUCCUCCACGACCUGAGUUUUUGCCUCCACAACCACCUGAGCUGCAGCCCACUCUGCCUGCCGGUUCAAAAGAGAACCGAGAUGAUCUGAGGAUUGUGCUGGUGGGAAAAAGUGGAGUAGGGAAGAGUGCUACAGGAAACACUAUCUUAGGAAGGAAUGCAUUUAAAGCAGAAACUUCUCAUGAGUCAAUUACUAAAGAGACUCAAAAAGAAAGAGCUGAAAUCAAUGGCAGAUAUGUUACUGUGAUCGACACUCCAGGACUGUUUGAUACUGAACUUACUAAUGAGGAGAUCCAGAAAGAAAUCACAAACUGCAUCUCCAUGGUACUACCUGGACCACAUGUGUUUCUCUUACUGAUACCACUGGGACGAUUCACUCCAGAAGAAGCUAAAUCAGUGAAGAUCAUCCAAGAGACGUUUGGUCAAAAUUCUUUAAUGUACACCAUGGUGCUCUUCACCAGAGGAGAUGGUCUGAAGAACAAAACCAUUGAACAGUGUUUGGGAAAUCCUGGAUCUCCUUUGAUGAAUCUAAUUGAAGUGUGUGGAAACAGAUACCAUGUGUUCAAUAAUAAUCAGACUGAAGACCGAACACAGGUGUCUGAUCUGCUGGAGAAGAUAGACGCCAUGGUGGAAGCAAACGGUGGGAGUUUCUACACAUGUAAGAUGUUCAGAAAGAUGGAAAGAGAAAAACAAGAAAAAAAAAUGAAGUUCCUCAUGGAGAGAGUGAAGCAUCUGAAAACUGAAAAAAAAGAACUGGUGAAGAAACACGAAGAAGAGAAAGAAAGAAUGCAGAUUAUGAUGGAGGAACAAAUACAAAAUUAUGACAAAGAAAUAAAGAGGAGAGAAGAGGAACAAGAGGUACACCAGAGAGAAAUACAAGACGAGUUGAGACGAAAACAAGAGAAAUUCAUAGACGAAAUCAAAGAAGUGAAGCAAGAAACAGAGAAAAUAAAAACAGAAAAAGAAAAACUUCAGAUCAACUAUGACACAGAAAUAGAAAAACUGAUGAAUAGGCUAGAGACUGACAGACAUAAUCAUGAAGAAGAGAGAAAGAGAAGAGAAGAAGAGUUUAAUGAGAUGGCAGAACAAUACCUAACACAAAUAAAAGAUAAAGAGGAGAAAGAGAGAGAGAUCUAUGACACCAUGAAGAAAGAACAAGAGGAAUGGGAGAGAGAAACAAAAUGAAGAAAAGAUGAGAAGAGAAGAAGAUGAGAAACAAAGAGAGAGAGAACAGAGAAUGUGGGAUGAAUUUAAUCAGAGACUGACACUAGAAAGAGAGAUAAUGGAAACAGAGAAAGAAGAUCUUCAUUCUAAACAUGAAGCACAAGAAAACAGCAUGAAGAUCUUAAUAGAGAGAGUGGAGCAAAUGAACAGAGAAAGAGAAGAAAUGAUGAGAAAACUAGAGGAAGAGAGAGAGGCCAUGAAGAUGAUGAUAGAGGAAGCAAAACAGAAUCAAGACAAAGAGAAAAAGA